GGCGGCGGGGCCGUGUGUCCUGCCCUGCCGGGGAGGGCCCUGCGCAGCGCCGCCGCCGCUGCUCCCGCUCCGCGCACAAUGGCGACUCCCAGCCCCAGCGGCGGCUCCGGGGGGAGCGGGAGCGGGCCCGGCCCGGGCGCCGCCAGCAGCAGCAGCAGCAGCAGCAUGCAGGGUAAACGCAAAGCGCUGAAGUUAAAUUUUGCAAAUCCACCUUUCAAGUCCACAGCAAGAUUUACUCUAAAUACUUCUGGAGUUCCUUUCCAAAAUCCACACAUUGACACACAAGCAACCCUGGGUAGUAAUCACAUUGUCCCGUUCAGUUUCAAAAGGAGAGAAGCGGACCUCAUCCAGAAACUUUCCAGCAGGCUACAAGAGAGACUGAGAACACACAGCAUUGAAUCAUCAGGAAAAUUGAAGAUUUCCCCUGAACAACAUUGGGAUUUUACAGCAGAGGACUUGAAAGACCUUGGAGAAAUUGGACGAGGCGCUUAUGGUUCUGUCAACAAAAUGGUCCACAAACCAAGUGGGCAAAUUAUGGCAGUUAAAAGAAUUCGGUCGACAGUGGAUGAAAAGGAGCAGAAGCAGCUUCUGAUGGACCUUGAUGUAGUGAUGCGAAGCAGUGACUGCCCGUAUAUUGUUCAGUUUUAUGGCGCGCUCUUCAGAGAGGGUGACUGUUGGAUCUGUAUGGAGCUCAUGUCUACCUCAUUUGAUAAGUUUUACAAAUAUGUAUAUAGUGUAUUAGAUGAUGUUAUUCCAGAAGAAAUCUUAGGCAAAAUCACUUUAGCUACUGUGAAAGCACUAAACCACUUAAAAGAAAACUUGAAAAUCAUUCACAGAGACAUCAAACCUUCCAAUAUUCUUCUGGACAGAAAUGGAAAUAUUAAACUCUGUGACUUUGGCAUUAGCGGACAGCUCGUGGACUCCAUUGCCAAAACGCGGGAUGCAGGGUGCCGGCCAUACAUGGCGCCGGAAAGGAUAGAUCCCAGCGCGUCCAGGCAAGGCUACGACGUGCGCUCAGAUGUCUGGAGCUUGGGGAUUACGCUGUACGAGCUGGCCACGGGGCGAUUCCCCUACCCCAAGUGGAACAGUGUAUUUGACCAGUUGACACAGGUAGUGAAAGGAGACCCACCACAGCUGAGUAACUCAGAGGAACGGGAGUUUUCCCCAAGUUUCAUCAACUUCGUCAACUUGUGCCUUACAAAGGACGAGUCCAAAAGGCCAAAGUACAAAGAGCUUCUGAAACAUCCCUUCAUCCUGAUGUAUGAGGAACGCACAGUGGAUGUUGCAUGCUAUGUUUGUAAAAUCCUGGAUCAAAUGCCAGCAACUCCCAGCUCUCCAAUGUACGUGGAUUGAUACUGCUGCUACAUCAAACUCUAGAAAAAGGGCUGAGAGAAAACAAGCUGUAAAGAAUUUUCAUCACAUAUUGCAGUGUUUUUAAUGCUCGCCCAGACACCAUGUGCAAUAAUAUUGGUGUUAUUUCCAUCCUGUCUGUAUACUGUUGUCACAUAUAAAGUGCAUCCCUGUAAUACCUGAUCACACAGUGUUAGUGUUGGUCACAGAGAGACCUCAUCUUGCUCUUUUGUGGACAUACUCAUGAAAUGUGGAAAUAAGUACAUUUAUUUGUUGACCGUGAUUGGAUAGCACCUAAAAUUCAUUUCUAGACUCAAAACUUGGAGACUCCUCAGCAGCUACUGGAAAGAUUUUUCUCUCAAACUCUUCCAAUUGUUGUUUCAAGUAAUAAUAAAAAGCAAACAAACAAAAAGUUAGGCGUUGUCUGUCUGAACAUUAAGAGACUUUGCCUGGAGGGAGAAGAACUUGCUUAACCAACAAGAUGCUUUGCCUUCUGGAGCUGGAAAGGCAAAGGAGAAUUUUAUUCUUCACAAAGUGCAAUAGAUUUACUGCUAUGAAAUUCUGUUGCUUUACAGUCGCAGUGUACUUUCUGGGGACAGUGUGCUCAGCUGAACUUCCUGUUAAAGAGAGAUCAUGUUAAAUAUAGUGAAUAUGUCUUUACCAAAAAUAUGUUGCGUUGAAAGAGGCUAACAUUAAACUAUUGAGAUGGGACAUAAUGUAUUCUUCCUCCUUUUACCAAGCCAGCCACUCUUCACUCUUAACUAGGUGUCCUGUAAAUUGUUACCUGGUAAGAUAAGACCUUUGACCUGAAGAAUUAUUAAACUACUUGAUUGAAUUUAACCUGCUUGUUGACCUGGUUUAUAGUGCACAGUGCUCACCACCCACUGGCUUUGCUUUGCCUUCACCCAGUGCCAUCCACAGAGGCUGCAGCUGCUUGAACGGGCCACCAGCUGAUGGCUGUGAGUGCUGGCCAGUGUUUCUCGUGUUCCUGCUGUCCCCAGCCCUGGUGCUUGUGCCUUUGGCCCAGCCCAGCCCUCCCAGCCCCAUGUCCCUCACAACUCCAAACCUCAGCUCUUCCUUCUCGCCAGUGCAGGCAGGAUGGAGGGGUGGCCCUGGCUGCCACGGGGCUCUGUGCCCGUCACACCCUGCUGAGCUUGCUGGAGACAGUUCGCCACCGCGGGGAGAUUGAACCUCUUCUGUGACCUCCACAGCUCUUGGUGCUACACCCAGAGCAAAACUCUCUGAGACUGUUGGGUGCAGAAGGAGAUGAGGUGGAGAUGAAGGAGCACCUAACUCCUCUCAGCUGGCCCAGCAGGGCCAGGCAAGCUGUCAUCUUCUGGUCCAUUCCUAAGUGAAACAGCGCAUCAAGCUUUUCUGGCUGUUCAGUUGACAUAUUUUUCAAAGAUUAAUUUUUCCUGAAAACUUUUUUCCCCCCAAAUACUGCAGUUUUCAGGUGUUUAGUAGCACACCAGGGAUAAAAUGGAGGCUGCAGGGUCUCUGCUUUCCAUUUUGAGCUGUCUGAUUUAGGUGCUUGGUAGGACUUCAUCAGUGUUAGAGCAACCUCCCAUCAGAGCUCGGCCGCAAGCCCGGACCCAGGACGCAGAGGGAACGGAAACACCGUGGUGCUGGCAGGAUCCCAAGGAGGGGCUCCCCACGUCCAACCAAAGCCACCCCGUGCCAACAGCCCAAGCCGAGCGCUGAAGACCAAGCAGCACAUCCCAGCAGGGAAGGAGAGCCGGGGCCGUGCCCCAGACACGGCUGGUGCCUGUCGGCCGCAAAGGCGACGCGUCCCGCUGGCUGCCGGAGCUGCUCCUGCUGGCACUGAGGCUGGUGUGGGCCUCUGGGAUCCAUUGGUCCUGCCCUUCCUGGAUUAUGUUCCUCUUGGGCUGCUCCUCAGGCAAGGCAGUCAGCAAAGUCUUCCCCAAACAGACAAGGCAGAGGUUUCUGCAGGAACUGCUCCUUCCCGACGGCUCUGGUGCAUCCUGCGUAAGGAUCAGAUAGACCCAGCAUGUCUAAAACAGUCUUUCUGUCCCCAUCCCCAGAGCCUCUCUCAGGUAAAUCCCUGUGGAGCUGUGACUCCUCUCUCCAGUCUUCAGCCCCCAGAAUGAGACUGCAAGUGCUCCAGGCUCAAGGGGUGCUGGCUGUGGGGGCUGAAGAGACCCACACCCAGGAAGGGCAGCCACGUGUGGGGCUUUGUCCCUCCCUUUGGGUAUUAAAGUCUGACUCCCUUCUCCCCGGUAGCAGGGAGCCCAAAAACCUUUCAGAGGGCCAGCACUGAGAUGGAUCCUCCCCAAAAACAGACGUGACUGCCUUGCUCUGCCCUGUUGGGGUGGCUGGGUCUGUGCUCUGGUGCUGACCCUUCUCUAGCCCAGGACCAGUUUGCUGGGAGUGGAAAUGCAAAGGUUUGGACUGCCAGUGACAGGAGUGAGGUGCUGUUGCCUGAGUGGCUGUACAGGACAGGUUUAGCCUAUUCAACAUAGAUUAUUAUAAAUUAUUAAGGGUGCACCAUUUAUUGCAAUGUAUCUUUAUUUAAAAAAAAAAGAAAAAAAAGGUGUAUAGUGUUCAGAAGCUGUGAAAAUAGUGUAAGAACUGUACAUUGUGAAUUCUGGUUAUUAUUUUUUUUUCUUGUACCAUAGAAAAAAUGUAUAAAAAUAUCAAAAAGCUGAUGUUGCAGGGAUGUUGCCUUAUUGUCUGUAAAAUGAAGCUCAGGAACAUAACUGCUUCAAAGAGCUUCCGAAUAUUUUAUCCGGUAUCCUGGUUUGACUUCCUCCUCUGUUUAAGCUAUUAUACAUGGAUCAGAGUGUUUAUGUAACAGUUCUAUCCUUUUGCCUGCAGGUCAGUUGUAAUAAAACUAAGAUGCGACUGUGA